AGAAUGGUUUUUUGUUGACUUGACUGAGCCAGAGCCGGCAAAAGCCGUCUCUGUUUGAUAUUUUUAUAGAUAGUACAGUAUCAAGUAUUAGAACAAGUCAUUAUUAUGUGACUACAUUUCUCAAAAAUCAAAGACGGCCCUAGUUUCCUUGGCGGUUAAUUAAAGCUUCCUCUUUCUAUGUGUUUCUCAUUUCUUAACACCUUUCAAGGUACUAUGUUGUUCCCCACUGUUGUAGUCUUCUGAAAUAUUUCUGGGUUUUGAUUGUUUCUUGGAUUGGAGUUAUUUUCAUCAGCUUCUGAGGUCGAAUAUUCAUGUUACUGGUAGCAUAUUCUAAUUUGGAAACUUGGUCAAGGGGGUGGUAACUUUGAAAUGGUCAAACGAGAUUAGGAUGAAGCUUGGAUUUCAAUCCGUCGUGUAGUUCUAAUUCUUCAACUUUAAUAUAGAGUUAGCUAGUAUUAUUGUAGAUGGCGAAUUACGGUUGUUGAAGAUUAUUGUUGAUUGUAAUUGUGUAUAUAACAUUGAAACAUGGGUUGCAUGAGUUCCAAGUCUGCGGCUCUUAAAGAUAGCCGUGAGAACCAAAAAAAGAGGCUGACGCGAAAAGGGUCAUUAGAUAAGCUUGUUCAACGAGCUAAUUCAUCGGGAAGAGAGGAGGUUGUUCGAUCAAAGGAUAAAAAAGGUGGUGGUGAUGUGAAAGUCUUGUUGGUCAAUAAGAAAUCCAAUGGUUCCAGUCGUUUUUCUUAUAAUGAUCAAGUUAAGAAUAAGAGGAUCCUUGAUAAGUUUGAGGUGGUAGUGAAAAAUGAGGUAGAAAAGUGUGGGGUUACGAUUGCUGGUCAUCACCAUCCUGGUUCAGAAAGGGUGCUGAAUAGCAUAGAAGGAGAGCUGGUUGCAGCAGGAUGGCCUUCUUGGCUUGUUGCUGUGGCAGGUGAAGCUAUCAAUGGAUGGAUACCACGACGGGCCAGUACCUUUGAGAAGUUGAAUAAAAUUGGCCAAGGAACCUAUAGUAGUGUGUAUAAGGCUCGUGACCUCAUUCAUAAUAAACUGGUGGCUCUGAAAAGAGUGCAGUUCGAUAAUCAUGAUCCUGAAAGCGCAAAGUUUAUGGCGAGGGAGAUUAUUCUCUUGCGAAGACUUGAUCAUCCAAAUGUUAUGAAACUGGAAGGCUUGAUCACAUCCCCAACAGGGUGCAGCUUAUACCUUGUUUUUGAAUAUAUGGAACAUGAUCUUGUGGGACUUGCAUCACUUCCCAGGAUCAAGUUUUCAGAACCUCAGAUUAAAUGCUACAUGCAGCAACUUCUAAGUGGACUUGAUCAUUGUCACAGUCAUGGUGUCCUUCAUCGUGACAUAAAGGGUUCAAAUCUUCUCAUUGACAGUAAUGGAAUCUUGAAGAUUGCAGAUUUUGGAUUGGCGUGUCAUUUUGAUCCUCACGAUAGUGUUCCAAUGACCAAUCGUGUAGUGACUCUUUGGUAUCGACCACCAGAACUUUUGUUAGGAGCUUCUCACUACGGGGUUGCUGUAGAUUUAUGGAGUGCUGGUUGCAUACUUGGGGAACUGUAUUCAGGCAAACCUAUUUUGCCUGGGAAAACAGAGGUUGAGCAAUUACAUAAGAUCUUUAAGCUUUGUGGCUCGCCAACUGAUGAAUACUGGAGAAGAGCAAAACUACCUCAUUCAACUGUGUUCAAGCCUCUACACCCAUAUAGACGAUGUGUUGCUGAAGCAUUUAAAGACUUUGCUUCUCCUACUGUAACUCUCUUGGAGACCUUGCUUUCAAUUGACCCUGUUAGUCGAAGAACUGCAGCUUUUGCUUUGAAGAGUGAGUUCUUUACAACACAACCUCUUGCGUGUGAUCCUUCAAGUUUACCGAGGUAUCCUCCUAGCAAGGAGAUUGAUGCUAAGUUGAGGGAUGAAGAAGCUAGAAGGCAAAAAGCAGUUGAGAGUAGGGGUUCAAGGGUUGACAUGGAAAGGAGGGGACAAAAGGAACCACUUGCAGUACCAGCAUCCAAGUCUAAUACUGAGUUCACCACAUCAACGCAGAGAAGACAACCCCAUCCUAAUUUGAAGAGCAGGAGUCAGAUGUUCAACACUGGUAUUUUGAUGGAGCCUCCACCCCCUAAACAGACACCUGCUGCAAAGGAAGAAAGCAGAGAUUUCCUGGAGCACAAUAGAAAGAAAAUUUCAUAUUCGGGUCCAUUGGUUGGUGGCUCCGUGUUUAGAAAGUCUGGCAAGGAGCAUGAUGAUCUUCCUAUGGUCUUAUCCAAAGCUAGCUUAUCGAAAUUAUCUGGCUUAGUAGCGACUAGAACUUUGGCUUCUGAUGAUCACGGACAGAAACCUGGACCUUUGACUCUACAAGCAGUAAACCAUGGAGGCAAGCCUCGAAGAUCUUUUACUGAUUUUGAGUCUGCCAGAAGACAUGAUGUUAAGCAACAUAUGCCAAAGACUGCAGCAUCCCCGGUAACAGGAGGUGGAGGAGCCUGCAGUAUGGAAACAAGCCGGCAUGGUGGAGGUCCCAGGGGAAACAAAAUAUACGUAUCGGGUCCACUACUUGCUCCAUCCGACAAUGUCGAUCAAAUGCUUAAAGAGCAUGACCGUAAGAUCCAAGAGUUUGCUCGAAGAAGAGCACGGCUUCACAAGACAAAACUCUAAAGUUGGCAAACUACAGUAGUUGACAGCAAAUUCAUAUUGCUUCUCUGCUGGUGGUGAAGCUGGACGAUAUCAGCUACAUCUGAUGCCCCAUACAGAUCAUAAAUAAUUAGCUUACACUUUACAGCUACUAUUUUGUAUAGCAAGCCCAUCUUUUAAUAUCAUUAUGAUUUGUUAAGAAUAUUAUAUAUUUAUUUUAUAGGUGGAAUUUCUCUCACACAAA